AUGAGUACCAUUUCGGAGACGGAUGUCCUCAUUGUCGGAGCGGGUCCCGCUGGACUUAUUGCCGCCUGGUGGAUGGCCAAAUGCGGCAUUCGCCUUCGCGUGAUUGACAAGGAUCCCAAUGAGCUUUUACAUGGCCGCGCGGAUGGUAUGAGACCACGAACAGUAGAGAUCCUCGAUAGUAUGGGAAGCCGUAUGAUGGAAACCAUCACUCAAGAAUCUUUCCCUAUGCUAAGCUCCCACAACUGGAUGCGUGACGAAGAUGACAAUAUACAGCGUGUCGAACGACUUGAUAUGUACGAGGACCACCGCAAGGUUCUCGCUACUCCGUUCCAUUCGCAGGCUCUAUCGCAAGGCCGUAUCGAGCGCAUUAUUCAGGAUGCAAUUCUCGAUCUCACAAACGGCUCCGUUGUGGUUGAACGAGGUGUUGCUGCGUUGGGUUUGGAGUAUGAUCAGUCGCUUGAACAGGAUCACUCUGCUUAUCCUAUUGCGGUCACUAUCCACAAACAAAAACAGAACCAGAACCAGACCGAAAAAGUGAAAGCUAAGUACUUGAUUGGGUGCGACGGUGCUCGUAGCUGGCUGCGCAGAGAACUGGGAUACAAGACUGAAGGGUCGAAUACGAAUACAAUCUGGGUCGCUUUAGACGUUUACCCUAUCACCGAUUACCCCGAUGUUCGAAAACCAAGUUCUAUCCAGACGCCUAAAGGAACCAUGUUAAUGAUUCCUCGCGAGAAGGGUCUUUUACGCAUCUACGUUCCGAUGGGAAUAGAGGGACAGGACGCGGAGCGUGAUACAGUGACAUUGGAGCAAGCCAGUGCAUAUGUGAAGCCGCUGUUUAAGCCUUAUAAAUUUGACUUUGAGCGAUGCAACUGGUGGUCUGCUUAUAGUCUGGGGCAGCGUCACUCAGAGCGCAAUCGACACGAUGGCAAUCGCAUGUUCCUGGCCGGCGAUUCAGUCCAUAACAAUUCCCCUCUUAUCGGACUCGGUUUGAACGUGAGUGUGCAUGAUGCAUGGAACUUGGGUUGGAAGAUAGCAAUGGCAUUCUCGUGUCCAGCCGGUGUAGAUCGCAACGCUAUUCUAUCUACAUACGAAGCAGAACGUCUGCCAAUCGCUAAAACUCUCGUGCACUAUGACCGCAAUUGGACCAGCUUGUUCAACAAGGCUCUUGUCGAGCCUGCCGUGUUUAUUCAACGGUACAUUGAGUUCCGAAACUUCUCUGAUGGGUAUCGCUGGAACUACCCUGAUAGCAGGCUUAUCAACAGGGCUACCAGCAAGCAGGAGUUGGCCUCCAAUCUUGUCGUAGGCGAGUCCUUUACCCACGCUCGCGUGUCUAUGCACGCAGAUGGACAGACUUACUGGACCUGCAGCCGCCUGCGGGCUGAUGGACGAUUCAACAUCAUUCUGCUAGCUGGAGACUGGGAUGACGCCCAGCAAAAGGAACGCGUGCAAACUUUUUGCCAAAAACUAGAGGAAGAGAAGGACGGUACCUCGCUUCUGUACACCAGAUACCCGUAUCCCUGGAAGUCAUCUUCGUCUUUCUACAACUAUGACAAAUCUAACUGCGACAGAGGACGGCCUCAUUCCUUGAUAAACAUCCUGACCAUCCAUACCGGUGGUGACGAGACUCCACUGUUGGAAUUCCCGACUGCUGUCCGUGGUCCAUAUCAUUAUCUUUAUGGCUGGGACUACUCGCGCAUCCUGGUUGAUAUGGCUCGGCCGUAUGACCGCUAUGCUGAUGGCAAAGCCUACGAAGCCUGGGGCGUUGAUCGCAGAAAGGGAGCCGUUGUCGUUCUCCGUCCCGAUAUGCAUAUCGGAUGGCUUGGUGAUCUCGAAGAUUUUGACGCAUUGGAGGGAUAUUUUGAGACUUUCUUAGGAGCGGCCUGGAAAGAGUAG